UAAGAGUCUCGUCCCGUCUCUUUGUCAAAACCCUAGCCAAAGUUUGUUUCUUCUCUCGAGCCGCGUUGCGAAAGCAUUUUCGAUCGUUGUCUAAGUUAAAAAAAAAUGUCGACAGUAGGAGAGCUUGCUUGCAGCUACGCUGUUAUGAUCCUCGAGGACGAGGGUAUUGCUAUCACGCCUGACAAAAUCGCAACUUUGGUCAAAUCUGCUGGUGUUAAUGUUGAGUCGUACUGGCCAAUGUUGUUCGCCAAGAUGGCUGAGAAACGUAACGUGACUGAUCUCAUCAUGAACGUUGGUGCUGGUGGUGGAGGCGGUGCACCAGUUGCAGCUGCUGCUCCAGCUGCUGGUGGUGGUGCUGCAGCUGCCGCUCCUGCCGCUGAGGAGAAGAAGAAGGAGGAACCAGCAGAAGAGAGUGACGAAGAUUUGGGUUUCGGCUUGUUCGAUUAAGCACAUUUACUUGUUUUCUCCUACUUCGUAGUUUGUUGCCUUUAUCGAUUUAAGACUAUAUUUUGUCGUUUAAGGUCUAUUGAUCUUCGUAGUUACUCUUUUGGUUUUGUUUAAAAGGUCUAUUGAUCUUCGUUUUUCGAAUCAUAUGUUGGAUAACUCAAGUUACCAUUACUCAGGAUUUUGUUUACUUUUCUA